ACCAAGGAACUUACUCACAACCCAGCACUUGCCACUUGCCACCUAUCCCACACCGGAGUGAGCGAGGGUUCUUGAAGAUGACGACGAUACGUAGGUUUUGCUGCAACGAUCUUCUUCGAUUUGCCUCCGUCAAUCUUGACCAUCUCACCGAAACGUUUAACAUGUCUUUCUACAUGACCUAUCUUGCAAGAUGGCCCGACUAUUUCCACGUUGCUCAAGGCCCUGGCAACCGAAUCAUGGGUUACAUUAUGGGAAAAGUAGAGGGGCAAGGAGAAUCUUGGCAUGGUCAUGUAACUGCUGUAACUGUUGCUCCGGAGUAUCGCAGGCAGCAGUUAGCCAAGAAACUGAUGAACAUGCUGGAAGACAUCAGUGACAAUAUUGACAAAGCAUUCUUUGUUGAUCUCUUUGUGAGAGCAUCAAAUGCACCAGCCAUCAGGAUGUAUGAAAAGCUUGGCUAUGCGAUUUAUCGACGAGUGCUACGCUACUAUUCUGGGGAAGAAGAUGGUUUAGACAUGAGGAAGGCAUUGUCUCGCGAUGUUGAAAAGAAGUCCAUCAUCCCUCUUAAACGACCGAUCACUCCUGAUGAAUUAGAGUAUGACUGAAUAUGCUUUUCAUGCAACUAUGUUGCAUGAGCUUAUUUUGUGUCAUAAAAUAAAUAUAUUAGUUAGGUAUCAUAUGGUAAUUAAUUUACAUUUGUUCAAUUAUCCAAGUUCAUAAUCAGUUAAAUAUUUGAAAUUUUGAAGUAGUGGGAUGUACUCUUUUUUGGAAGUUGUUUUUGUACACUUGU